CGAUUCUUGCCAUCGAUACGUCAAAGAGAUCAUCUUCUGUUAUGUCGAAAUUAUUGCUAAUCGUUGCUCUGCUGCUGCUCGUGACGACGAGCUCGUCGAUCGUCAGCGGCGACCUGUUCCACGAUCACGAGGGAGUCCCGUACUUUUUUCAAUUGCCCGACAAAGAAGACGCGAAAAUGUGCUGCGCUCAGUGCGUCGACGAAAAGACGUGCCUCCUCUACACUGAGAAUCGGAAGGACACCUGCGCGGGCCUCAUCGAUCCCGAGUCGAUUGGAUUGAUCAAUUUCCCGGGCGGCCGAAUGAUAGCGACCUCUAAGCGUCUGAACGACAAGUGGCAGGUGCUCUGGAUCGAGAACGCCGCUAACCCGGUGCUCAAAAGCCGCGACUUCAGCUGGAACGAUUGCGCCUGGAAGUCGAAGGUGCGCUCCGACGACGACCUAGACCCAGAUGUCACGGAGCUCCUCAUGGACGCUGUUUUUGAUCCGAAACACGACCACGAGGUGCUGGUCUCGCUCGAGGAAGCCCACUGCGACACGUUCAAUUGCGACGUCACGUUUUAUAAGAAGCACCCGAGGGACUCCAUUCAACCCAGCACGAGGACCGUCGGCGUGCCAAUAAGCGCGAAGUUUUUACAGCUUGAAGAGAUGCACGAGCCGGAGGAGCUGAAGGAGAUGAAGGAGCCGAAGGUCGAGAGGAAAGAUCUGUGAGAAUAUUUUUUUAGGUGCCCAAAAAAAAGCUUCAGUAAAGUAUUAUUUUCAAAGUCGUCUGUUUUGAAUAUCAUUCUUUUAUGUUGAACGAAAAAAAUGAUAUAUUUUAGAUAAUGAUUUAUAAUUUGAAAUUAAACGCGUAAUUGUAAACAAAACAA